GCUAAGCGCUCCUCACCACAGCCACGAGUCCACGGCCACCGCCGCCUCGCCUCGCCGCCGCCGCCGCCGUAGGCCACGCGAUCCCGCUGACCCGCUCGAUGCAGUUCCUCACCGCAUCCUCCGCCGCGGCGUCGCCGCUGCUCCCGCCGCCCUCCGCCCACCUCCUCCGCCUCUCGCGGCCCCCUCCUUUCCCCCACCUCCGCCGCCGCUUCUGCUACGCUCCCCAGCUCCCCUCCAAAUCCGCCAACCUAGCCGCUAAGUCCCCGCUCCUCCUCGCGCAUCGCUCCUUGCUCUUCGCCCCUCGCGCCCACGGCGAUCACCACCACGGCCACGGCCACCACCACCACCAUCACCAUGGCCACAGUCACCAUGGACACGGGCACAGUCAUCAUCAUGGGUCGGAGCUGCACGGGAGUGGCGGGGGCGCGGCGGUCAUGCGGGUAGCGAAGGCGAUCGGGUGGGCGGAUGUCGCCGAAGCGCUGCGGGAGCACCUGCAGGUCUGCUGCAUCUCCCUCGGCCUUCUCCUGUUUGCCGCUGCCUGCCCGCACAUCCCGGUCCUCAACUCCGUCAGGCGUCUGCAGGAUGCGCUAAUCGCUGUCGCCUUCCCACUUGUCGGGGUUUCUGCAGCACUUGAUGCUCUUGUAAAUAUUGCCGAUGGAAAAAUAAAUAUCCAUGUCCUCAUGGCAUUGGCAGCAUUUGCUUCCAUAUUCAUGGGAAAUUCACUGGAGGGUGGCCUGCUUCUAGCGAUGUUUAACUUAGCUCAUAUUGCUGAAGAACACUUUACAAGCAAGUCAAUGAUAGAUGUGAGAGAACUGAAGGAAAAUCAUCCAGAAUUUGCACUGUUGUUAGAAACAUGUGGAGACCAGUCAGCACAGUUUGCAAAUUUAUGCUACACCAAGGUUCCUGUGCAUGAUCUGGAAGUGGGUUCUCAUAUUUUGGUUAGAGCAGGCGAGGCUGUACCUGUUGAUGGAGAAGUUUACCAAGGUUCGUCGACAGUUACAAUUGAACACCUUACUGGUGAAGCAAAACCUCUAGAAAGGACAGUCGGGGAUGCUAUACCUGGUGGUGCCAGGAAUUUGGAAGGAAUGAUGAUUGUGAAGGUCACCAAGUCGUGGGAGGAUUCAACACUCAACAGAAUUGUCCAGUUGACGGAAGAAGGCCAGCUAAACAAGCCAAAAUUGCAAAGAUGGCUAGAUGAAUUUGGAGAGCACUAUAGCAGAGUUGUUGUGGCACUGUCUUUAGUUGUCGCGCUUCUGGGACCAUUACUCUUUAAGUGGCCUUUUUUUGGUAACUCAGUUUGUAGGGGCUCGAUUUACCGUGGGCUAGGACUUAUGGUUGCUGCAUCUCCAUGUGCGUUGGCUGUAGCUCCAUUAGCAUAUGCAACUGCAAUCAGUUCUCUUGCAAGUAAGGGAAUUUUGUUGAAAGGUGGACAUGUGUUGGAUGCGCUUUCUGUUUGUCAGUCUAUUGCUUUUGACAAGACGGGCACAUUAACAACAGGGAAGCUCAUGUGCAAAGCUAUCGAGCCCAUUCAUGGACAUUCAGAUGUGACAAAUGAUUUUAGUGAUCAGGCUUGCUGUACUCCUAACUGUGAAAGUGAAGCUCUAGCUGUUGCUGCAGCUAUGGAGAAGGGAACAACACAUCCUAUUGGAAGGGCGGUUUUGGAUCAUUCUGUUGGGAAGGACCUCCCAGUGGUUGCUGUAGAAAGCUUCGAGUCCUUGCCUGGUAGAGGGGUUGUUGCUACUUUGAGCGGUGUAAAGGCUGGAAGCAAUGAAGAUGAACUUUCUAAGGCAUCAAUUGGUUCUGUGGAGUACAUUUCUUCGCUAUACAGAUCCAGUGGUGAAUCCGAGCAGAUAAAAGAGGCUGUAAAAUCUUCUGCCUUUGGGCCUGAAUUUGUCCAGGCUGCCCUAUCAGUGGAUAAAAAGGUUACCCUUUUCCACUUUGAGGAUGAACCACGUUCUGGUGUUUGUGAAGUUAUAUCUACAUUAAGAGAUAAGGCUAAACUUCGCAUCAUGAUGCUUACAGGAGAUCAUGAAUCAAGUGCUCUGAGAGUUGCUAAAGCUGUCUGUAUCAAUGAAGUUCACUGUUGUUUAAAGCCAGAGGACAAGUUGAAUAAAGUUAAAGCUGUUUCAAGGGAGGGAGUUGGAGGUUUAAUAAUGGUUGGUGAUGGCAUAAAUGACGCGCCAGCUCUUGCAGCUGCAACAGUUGGUAUUGUUCUAGCCCAGCGUGCCAGUGCAACAGCGGUGGCCGUUGCAGAUGUUCUUUUGUUGCAGGAUAAUAUAUGUGGGGUGCCAUUUUGUAUAGCUAAAGCUCGCCAAACAACUUCUUUGGUCAAGCAAAGUGUAGCUCUUGCAUUGUCUUGUAUCGUUUUUGCUGCACUUCCUUCUGUUUUGGGAUUUCUUCCUCUUUGGUUGACGGUACUUCUUCAUGAGGGAGGAACUCUUCUAGUCUGCUUGAACUCAAUACGAGCACUCAACAGUCCGACAUGGUCUUGGGUAGAUGAUAUCCGGCAACUCAUUGAUAGCCUAAGAAAGUACUUCUCAUCAAAGUUGAAGGGUUCUUCGUCAAACUAUGUAGCUGAUGCCGUUCCGUCGUAGAUGUUAUGUAUAGAAGCAAAUUUCUGUCAUGUUUGUAUGUAUGGCAACAGAACUUUGAUGAGGGGUUCUAAGUUCUAACUAUUUUUUGUAGGAUGUACAUGUAUGUACUCGUCAAUGUCGUGUAAAGAUUUUUUUUUGAGAUUCUAACCUAAUUUUGGCAACUUAUUUUGUACUACUGAGUUGUUCCUUGUCUGCUCCAAAUGUUAAAAAAGGUCAUUACAAUUGAAGUGACGUAUAAUCUGCAAUGGGAAUUGC